CACUCCUGUCCCCAUCGGACACAAGUUAGCAUGACUGCGUGCAUGUUGGAUGGGAAACAAGAAAAAAGUUACACUAUGCUUUCAUUUUAAAAUCAAGUAGCUUUUAAUUAUUUUAUUUGGUUUGAACAUUUUUAAUCUGUGCCUCUGCAACGCCUCGACUCUGCAACUGGAGCCUUCUUCAACCUUCAGCCACCACGCACCGUAGCGUUUUUUUUUUCUUUUGUGUAGCUGGGUCUAAAACGAUUCGGAGUCAAACCCAGUUAGCUCUCUGCGAUGGAGGAUUACAAAGUUUCGAUUUUUUGGUGAUUGGAUGCAACAAUUUAUUACGGGAACUGAAGCAAUGCGAAAGGCGAUCUCCUUUCUCGUUCAACCCCGAUGCCUCCUUCUCGUCAUUGUUCUCACAAUUUUCUUGAUUCUCGCAAUAUCUGGUUCUAGACGGGUUGAAGAAAAAGUAGAAGAAGAGCCUGAAAUUACUGACAGAGUAUUCUUGGAUGUUGAUAUUGAUGGACAACGUCUAGGUAGGAUUGUCAUUGGAUUAUAUGGCCAGGUUGUACCAAAAACUGUGGAAAAUUUUAGAGCUUUGUGCACAGGGGAAAAAGGAAAGAAUGCCAAUGGUGUAAAACUUCACUACAAAGGAACACCAUUUCAUAGGAUAAUAUCAGGUUUCAUGUUUCAGGGUGGUGACAUUGUCCAUCGUGAUGGUAGAGGAUAUGAAUCUAUUUAUGGUGGUACCUUUCCUGAUGAAAAUUUCAAGAUAAAACAUUCGUAUGCGGGUGUAGUCUCUAUGGUGAAUUCGGGUCCUGAUUCCAAUGGCUCACAGUUUUUCAUUACCUCAGUGAAGACCGGUUGGUUAGAUGGAGAACAUGUUGUGUUUGGGAAGGUUGUCCAAGGCAUGGAUACUGUGUUUGCAAUUGAAGGGGGUGCUGGAACCUACAAUGGGAAACCUAGAAAGAAAGUAGUAAUUGCAGAUUCUGGCCUCUGGAUAGAUACCCAAGAGUCUGUCAGAUGAGGAAAGAUGACUUUCCUUCUUGAAACGCCAUAAUUUAGAUUUCUGUUGAAACAAUACUGUUCAUUUUUUUCCAGUUCAUUGCUUUCGUUGUCUCUCUUAUUGUAUUUCGCAGAUUAGAUUAACACAAAGUUUAUAUUCUGUAGAGAAAGGGAAAGAAAUUAAAAGUGGUAUUGUUUCGUUUGAA